CCAUUCAAAUUCAAUUGUUGAUAUCAAGAAUUACAUUUUCACUAGUAACAAUGUUAAUUCUUGAUAUCAACAAUUCAAUUCCUGAUAUCAACAAUGCAAUUCUUGAUAUCAACAAUUCAAUUCUUGAUAUCAACAAUUCAAUUCUUGAUAUCAAGAAUUACAUUUCCACUAGUAAGAAUGUUAAUUCUUGAUAUCAACAAUUCAAUUCUUGAUAUCAACAAUUCAAUUCUUGAUAUCAACAAUCGAGUUCUUGAUAUCAAGAAUUCAAUUGUUACUAGUUAAAAUGUUAAUUCUUGAUAUCAAUAAUUCGAUUGUCACUAGUGACAAUUUUAAUUUCUGAUAUCAUGAAUGGGAUUGUUACUAGUAAGAAAGCCAUUUUAGAUAUCUGAAAUGAUAUUGAUAUCAGAAAUACAAUUUCAGAUAACAGAAAUUAACAUUGUUACUAGUGAUAAUCAAAUUAUUGAUAUCAAGAAUUAACAUUUUAACUAGUAACAAUUGAAUUGUUGAUAUCAAGAAUUCACAUUUUUACUAGUAACAAUGUAAUUAUUGAUAUCAAUAAUUAAAUUUCUACUAGUAAGAAUUGUAUUUCUGAUAUCAAAAAUGGGAGUUUCAACUAGUAAGAAAUGUAUUUUUGAUAUCUGUAAUAGUUUUUGUCGCCAUUUUAACAUUUAAACACGUGUAGGAUAUGAAUUGUGGAUAUCAACAAUUAAAUUAUUGAUAUCAUCAAUUCAAUUCUUGAUAUCAGAAAUUCUGAUUGUUGAUAUCAGGAAUUGAAUUAUUGAUAUCAAGAAUUACCUCAUCAUUCGCAGAAAUACAUUUAUGAUAUCACAAAUUAAAUUAAAACUAGUAAGAAACAUAAUUCGUGAUAUCUGUAAUUUAAUUAUUGAUAUCUGUAAUUCAAUUCUUACAUGUUAAAAUUAAAUUUUCACUAGUAAACAUUUUUAUUGCUGAUAUCACGAAUCUCUUUUGGAUAUGUGCAUAGUAAUGAACUCCUUUUUGGAUAUGUGCAUAGUAAUGAGACUACAUUCAAAUAAAAUCAUGACGUUUUCGCGUGCUCAAAAUGGCGGUGUGUGAACAAGCUGACAAUGGCAGAGGAGGUUUUGAGGCAAAUUGAACGGCAAUGUUAUGCCAUUGAAAGGACAUAUCAUUAUGGCGUUUGCGGUCAACAACAUCUUCGUGCCAUAGAUGCAUGUCUCAGAAAUUUAUCAAGAGUUGCCAGUCUGUUAAGAACAGAGACAGCGGAUGAACUUAAAGACUCGCUCAUCGAUCUGAGAAGGAUUUUGCUGGUGCAAAAUGUAGAGCAAGACCGGACCUUCUCUGCCGGACGUGUAUAUUUAGGUGUACGUGGAAGACCUUCCAUUAAUGUUUCAAAGCAGCAAAUUGAGUUUCUAAUGAAACAGGGACACACAAUUAAGCAAAUUGCCAAGAUUCUGGGCUGCUCAUCUUCAUUUCUUUAUAGGAAAUCUAAACUGCUCGGAAUUCCUGUACGAAAACUGCAAACACAAGUAACUGAGGACGAGCUCAUUCAGCAUGUCAGAAGACUUCACAGUCUUUACCCCAACACCGGAAGUGAGAUCAUGAGGGGACUGCUACGUGGAGAAGGGCUGUUUGUCCAGCGGUCCAGGGUCAGAGAAGCCCUUACCCAAAUCGAUCCAGCUGCGACAGCACGCAGGUGGAGUAGUGCCAUUGCCAGGAGAGUCUACCAUGUUCCUCAUCCAAACAGUUUAUGGCACAUAGAUGGAAAUAUGCGGUUGAUUAGGUGGGGUUUUGUUGUACAUGGGGCCAUCGAUGGUAAAUCUCGCCUUAUAACCUACCUGAGCUGCAACACAAAUAACCGUGCCUCCACUGUGCUGACCCAGUUUGUGAAGGCAACAUGUCUUUAUGGUCUCCCCUCACGAGUGCGAUCUGACCAUGGGGGGGAAAAUUCACAAAUCGCCCUCUUCAUGAAUCUUGUUCAAGGGGUGGAACGAAGGAGCCACAUAACAGGAGAAUCUGUUCACAAUCAGCGCAUAGAACGGCUUUGGAGAGAUGUUUUCCUGCAUGUGCUCCAGUACUUUUACAAUUUGUUCUACACUCUAGAGGAUUCCGAGGUCCUUGAUCCAGACGAUGAUGUCCACAAGAUGUCCCUACAAAUUGUCUUCCUGCCAGAGAUCCUAAAGAGACUGGAUCUAUUCAGGAAUGGAUGGAAUCACCACAAAAUCAGAACAGAAAACAACAAAACACCCAUUCAAAUCUGGACUGCAGGAAUGCUUGUAAACAUGGAGGCAAACUGCAGAGCCAUCAGCAAUGUUUUUGGCGAGGAUCCUUACAGCACACAAACUCUAGAAGAGCUUUUGGCACAACAUGGUAUAGAAAACUUCCCUGUGACUUAUGACAAUGAAGAUCACUUUCCAGCUGUAGUUGUGGAGCAACCCAGAAUCAAUCUGACCCAUCAGCAGAAGCAAAACAUUAUGCAAGCAAUUGAGACUAUCUCAGAUACUACUGUUAAGUAUCAGACAUGCUGCAGAGAACUUGCAAACACAUUACAAGAUGGCUGAUAUACAUUUUAUACAAGAUGUUUUUUUUAGCAAUGUGAACUCUUGAGUAAUAAGGCCAGACUCUUAAGAAAUGUCAUACUUGGAUUUUUUUGUAGGAUGUAAGCUGGCAGGCAACUAUACAUGCAUUAAUGUGUAUUACCUUCAAAAAAAAUGUUAACAAAUUCUGUCUGUAUUCCUGAUUUUGGUCUGUAUUUUGAAAACAAAAACUAUUAAAUGACUUCAGGCAAACAUCA